CAGCUGAUGGUGAGCUGUUAUGUCAGUGGAUUAGUGGAGCAGAGGGUUAUCCCUUUAAGCAGGCUGACAAUAACAUCACAAGCACACACAGCUUUGGCUCUGAGACCACACGCACUCCAGAAAACACAGUGAAAGGGAGAAUGUCUUGGCUGGAUGAAGUACCCAUCAAAAUCCCUCUGGGCUUGCUUGACGAGGUCAAAGAGGAGGUGGGACUUGUCACAACUCCAGAAAUCAUCGUGCCAGACUGUUUAAAGAUCCUCCAGGAAACAGAGUAUGUCUUCAGUCUGGAGAACUGGGUUCUGACAGGUCUGCAGGGUGGCUACAGUGUGCCGAACAAUCAUAACCCGAACGCACCCUCUAAGUUGGCAGCGACUUGCCCUCCAUACUGGAUGCUGUUCAGCAGUCCGCAACAGAGCAGACUGGCUAGCCGCUGGAACAGUGACUUCUGGGAGCCCAAUCCUCGACGACGCAGCCACAGUCUUAAUGCGACUCACUACCAGGCUAUGAAUGACGGAGUCACGUUCAACAUUUCCAAUUCAGAUGAUGGUGAUGAUGACUCUUCUGAUAAUGAAGAGGCUUCUGUCACAAAACUAAAAAGUAUAAAUUCAGGCUUAAGGAGGCCGCAACAUGAAGGUAGGUUGAGAUCACAUCUCAACCUACCUUCAUGUUGCGGUGUUUCCUCACAGCAGCACUCCAGCACCCUACAGUGCUCUCUACCAAAUUUGGAAGCACGAGGAAGGAACAUGUGGAAAAUGCAGAACCAUGGAGAUUCAUUUCCAAGCCAACAACAAUUGACCUUUGGGCAUACAACACCCAUGACACAGUCUCCAGGCCUGAACUCCAGCGUGCCCCUGGCCCCCACACGGCCCCUCGGUUCCCAUGCGACAGUCCAUGACUCCUCUGUGGAACUGCUCUCAGCUCUCAGCCCUGAAGAACAGCAGCUUUUGGAGGCUGUAACGGAGCAUGGAUACCCACUACGGACAGCCAUCAUCGCCUUGCAGAAAACGGGCCAUAGGAGCCCAGACCAGAUCUUGAGUUACCUGGUGGCAUGUGACCAUCUGUGUGAACUUGGCUAUGAUGAGAGUCAAGUAGAGGAAGCUCUGGAGAUGUUUCAGAACUGUGAGACAAAGGCCAAGGAGUUUCUUCACCUCCUCACUCAGUUUCAUGAGAUGGGGUUUCAGCAAAAUACUAUCAAAGAAGUCCUGCUGAUGCAUGGGAACCACCGCGACCAUGCCCUGGAGGAGCUCAUGAUGCAUUUCACCUGAUCAACUCAGCCAAGCAUUACAUUUUUCUAUGUUGAUGUUGGCGUACAUUUAAAGCUGAGAACUGUGGCCUUGAUCGAUGCAUUAUGCACAGCUCUUAUAUGGAAGGAAGUUCUCCAACAUAGAGCAUUAGAUAUCUGAUUUUGUUAAUUCUAUAAAUAUAUUUAUUGAUUUCAUAUCAUUUGUCAAUUGUAUUAUAAACGUAAUUUUUCAAAUCACGACACACACAUACAUACAUGUAUAAACACAUAUGUCUAUACCUAUAUAAAGGAAAAAUAUAUGUUUAUUUUAUUUAAUCAGUAUAAUUGUUCUUUCAUGAGGCAUCUCCAUGCACAAAAGUGGCUAUGAUUUUGAUGAAAUGUCCACAGAUAAGCUUUUUAGUCACCUUUAGGAUGGAAGAUCAUUAAAAUGAACUGUUCCUCAAAGAACACUUGGCUGACAAUGUAUGAUAUGAAACAAUGAUCACUCUGCUUCUAAUUCCCUGCCACCAAAGGAGUCCUGAAAAAAUAUGAGCUUUUAAACAAGGUUUAACCAGCUCCUUCAUUUGUCAAGUUGUUGGAAUAUUUGCAAUAUUUCUUCAAAGAAAGAAAAAAAGAAAGAAAAUAUGUUUUGUUCUCAUGAAUUGUUUAGAUGAAUAGCAGUCUCUGGGAAUGUAUGAGAUGUUUUCUCAGUGAAAUGCAUUAACGAAUGUUGUUUAUCACUUGACUCUGUAUCACAAAUAAAAA